GUUGCGCCUUCCCUCGGUUAGCAAAUUUGUGCUGUGCUCAGCACAGAUUGAUUGUGCUUCGAAAUUCCAAGAAUCGCUCCCGAAGUGUCAUCGCAUGACAUGACACAAGAGCAGAGAGAUCACCUUCCCAGUUUUAUCACAAGAAUUGAGCUUCCUUCUGUUCUCCAGCGUUACCUAGGGUGUGUUCGAGUUUUUUUCAUCAAAGCAAGCGCCUUCCCAAUGUCGGCGACAGCGCAUCGAUCGCAUCUAGCCCAGCAUUCUUCAUACCAUCGAGCGCUACGGACGGUGCUCGUGCGCGUGAUGGCUUCCAUACGCCCGAAUCGGUCCACUGGGCAGACCAAGAAACCCACCAACAAACCGGUCAGCGCGAAGAAGCGCCCCACAUCGAACGUGUUCAGCGUGCUGGAGCAGCACCAGGUGGCGGAGUUGCGCGAGCUGUUCAACCUGCUCGACACGAGCCACGCGGGAGUGGUCGGCCGGGAGGAGCUGCGCGACAUGCUGACCGUGUGGUACGAGCGGGCCCCGACCGACCAGCUGCUGGACGAGCUGAUGGCCGAGGCACGAGGUUUGCCGCUCAACUUUACCCUCUUCCUGACGCUGUUUGCGCAGAAGCUGCGCGAUACCGAUCCGCCGGAAGUGCUCCAGAACGCGUUCCGCUGCUUCGACAGCAACGGGGACGGGACGGUCGAUGCGGAGGAGCUGCGCCUGUGGCUUACGACGAAGGGCGAUCAGCGGCUGACGGACGAGCAGGUGGACGAAAUCUUCUGCCGGCUGGUGCCCGAGAAUGGGCGGGUGAAGUAUGACGCGUUCGCGAACCUCUUUCACGACUGCUAGGGUAGGAUCGAAGAUGGCUGUGGUUUGUUUUCAAUUGUGCGGAAUUGUCGCGAAGUGGCGAAACGUCGUGCGAAAGUAAACUGCGCCGGGUAAAAGUACCAUCAUCCUUGUGCGUGAAAUUGCUGUGAGCCUGUGCUGUUUUCAUUGAUUCACAUUAAAAAUGAACAUUAGUGUCCGGAAAAAUACCCACUACCCCCCUUCGAA